GGAGGCUCUGUGCUCGCCGCUCCCCAAGGAUAGCUCUGGCAACUGGUGUGCAUAACAAGCACCUCAGUCCUUACCCAUCGUGCGGCGCGCUUGGUGCCCAGUGCCCCGCCGAGGAAAGCUCAUUGUGUUGGUGGAAAUAUUCAGUUUGAGUUGUGAAUUUACCGAAUUUACCCGUGUGUGAGUAAUUACAUUAUUCUUGCCACGUGCUCUCGUAGCCAGUCGCCAGUCUGUAAAAUGCCGGAAGCAUCCUAUCCUGUGCACACCACGGAAGCGCAGAUCGCUUUCAACACCAGCGAGUACUGCCCUCAACCACACAUACCUGACUUUUCCUUCCAGGGACCCAGCCCGGCAGCACACAGGCUGGCACCGCACUAUGCACUGGCUGGACAAGGAGAGCACGUUAAAGCCCAUAUUCAACCGUCCCCGAAUGGAGGGCUCCCGGAGUCUUGCACCCAUCAUUGCGGGCAGGUGAUGGGUUCACAAGGCGGGACACCGGGAGCCCUCAACAGGUUCCCAGUAGCGAACCCUUGUAAUGGUGAUAUGAUGCCCGGGAUGAUGGCUGGCCACCACCCUAUGGGAAUCUUCCCGGAUAUGAACAAUAUGGACACUCACAUGAGGGCUCAGGGAGGGAACUUAAUGACGAAUUACCACGGCGCUUCCUCGAUGCCGGGGACACACUGCAUGCCGUCACCAAUGGUCCCGCAUGACUGUAGGCCAGCGGGACACUCGGUGAACUUUGGGCAGCCUUCUCCUCCUGUGGAAGCAAGCAGGACGCCCUACGGACAUCCACACAUGCACUCAUACGUGGGACCUCACUGCUCUUCGUACGGCGCGCAAAUGGAUAAUUCUGCCGCGUACGACCAUCGGGUAUUUCGCUCUCCUGCCAUGAUGUCGCAGGGAAAAGUGUUUCAGGAUUACCACACACACUACAGCGAUUACCCGCCGCCGCUGGAGGAACGCCUGCCACAUGGGUGCGAGGUCCACCUGCCGGAACAGGGGGGCCUCGUACUCAAGACGGAGCCUGAUGAUGGACUGACGGAGAGAAAGGAAGUCCAGCCCACCAAGGGGCCACGCAAGAGAGGCAGAAACAGCGACAAGCGAAAGGAACAGAGUCGCAAUGCCGCACGUAACCGUCGCGGGAAGGAGAGUGAGAUCUUCGCCGAGCUGGCCUCGGUGCUGCCCCUCUCCCCGCAGACCCUCAGCCAGCUGGACAAGGCCUCCAUCAUGAGGCUCACCAUUGCCAAUCUGCAUCUGCGCUCCGUAUGCGAGACAGGACUCACCAAACGAAUCAAGGGGAGCGGCGGGGGCAAACUGGACCUGGAGAUGGACGAGCACCACCUGAAGGCGCUGGACGGCUUCUUGCUGGUGGUGUCUACAGAUGGCCGCGUCAUCUACACAUCAGAGAACAUCGUCAGUUUCCUCGGCCACCACCAGGAGGAGGUGAUGGGCAGCUCGCUGUACCACUACACCAACAUGGUGGACCACAGUGAGGUGGAGCAGCUCACCUCUUUCAAGAACCCCCACCACCCUCGCCGGGCCUUCCUGCGUCUCAAGUGCACUCUCACCAGCAAGGGCCGCUCCGUCAACUUCAAAAACGCUACCGACAAGGUGGUGCAGGUGAUCGGCGAGGUGGUGGGCGAUAGGGCUGAUAAGGCGUGGCUGGUGGCCCUGGCGAUACCUGUGCCACACCCCUCCAAUAUCGAGUUUCCCCUCGACAAGCAGACCUUCGUGAGCAGACACUCGCUCGACAUGAAGUUCACCUACGUUGACAGCAACGUGAAGGAAUUCUGUGGAUACGUUUCUGAAGAGUUGGUGGGCCGCUCCGUGUACGAGUUGCACCACGCCCUCGACACUAACCUCAUCCAGGAUGCCUACAAAAACCUGUUGAACAAGGGCCAGGUGGAGACAAGCCGUUACCGCUUCCUGGCUCGCGGCGGUGGCUACGUGUGGCUGGUGACACAGGCAACACUCAUACACGGGCCUCGGGAGAACAAGCCCCAAUACGUGGUUUGCCUCAAUUACGUGGUCAGUGAAGUUGAGUCCAGUGGGGAGAUUCUGUCUGAGUUCCAGCUGAUGUGUAGGAGCAACAGCAACAACAGUACCAAUAACAACAAGGAAGAAGAGAUUGCCAACACCAGCACCAAACCAAAUCUGAAGUCUCCCUCAGUGAAUGCAGCAGCUCCCUCCCCUGUGGUGCAAGGCCUUCCCACUCCACCCUAUUCACCAGCUCCCAAGCCCACCACACUCCAGAAGGUUGAAAGUGUUACUCCUCGUAGUACUCCCACUCUACUGCCACCACCACCCCCUGUUGCCAGCACCUUCAAGAUCUUUGUGCCACGGACAGAGGACAUGAACAAAGGCUUCCUUACCUUCAAUGACAAUGAUCCACACUCCACAGUGCUGAAGGACGAGCCAGACGACCUGACUCACCUUGCUCCCUCAGUGGGCGACACCUACGUUCCUCUGCCAACACUGAUAUCCGACCUGGAGGGGGACUCAUGUAUGCCCCAAGAUGUUUCAUCAUUCAUCAUAGACGAUAUGUUAACCCUGGAUUACCCAGUGCCAGUUGUGAACACUGAUGCUGUAAUACAAAGCCCAAGUACAGACAAAACUGAAGAUCAAAGCUUGACUCCCAAGUACUUAUAUGAAGAAAACUCGACACAAGAAGGAGUAAAGUGUGUGAACAACUUAAGUGGUGGAAGGCUGUUGCUGAACAGGAGCCGGUGCAACACUCCCUCACCAGACUGUAGGAGUGUACAUUCUGGUGGACUGGGAACACCAGAGCCUCCAAAACCUUUGCUAAGUGAAGCUGCUCUUCAGCCCAUCAAAAAGCAGUCGAUUUCAUUUGCAAGUAGUCAUCCCAGAAGCACCACAGAGUCUCUCUUCAUGCAGCUCGAUGAAAGCAAUUCAGGAGGCUCCUCAGAGCUCUUUGGUAAACUUGACCUUAAGUUUGAGAACCAAAGCAUGGACUCUGAUGAAUUUGAGAUGAGAGCACCAUACAUUCCUCAAAGCAAUGAUCUGCUGUUAUUGUUGGACCAUGAUCUCCUUUCAACAGCUGAGCCAGAUAUAGCCAUCUCUCCUAAAGGCCUCAGGGAUGUAAACUUGUCAAUCAGUAGUGAUAAAGAGGACUCUAGUUUGGCUCAGCUUCUACAAGACACAGACCCAAAUAUUGAUGAGAACAGUCCAGGAAGGAAUAUCCAGCUUGACCACUCUCCUGGAGCACCAAGAAGCCAGUAUCAGCAAAGCAAGUUCUUGGAUGGUGGUGGGAACUUUGUUGAUCCAAACAAAGUGCUGCCAGGACACUUUGCUGGCAAAGAUGAAUUGGACACCUUGGGAAGUGAUCCCCAGCCAUUGGACCCACCACCAGUUAUGGUUCAAGAACCAGUAGAGCCGCCACCUCCCCUGUUGGGCAUAGACUCGCUCCAUACAUCAGGACAGGUGAAGCGAGGUCACUCUCCACUUUCUUCACCUACACUCCACAAAAAGCUGUGUUCAUCCAAAUAUCAUCAGCCACAACACAAGUUUCAUGAACAAAAUCAAGAUGCAGUGAGUCCACAACAAAAUGAGCAGCAUGGGGGAUUGGGCCUUUUCACUCCCAUUGCACCCACCAUGCAACAGUUAUUGAUCAGCAAGGACCCAAUCACUGUGCGUGGAGGCCGGCCACCUGCUGGAGGUACCUCAUCCCCCAGGAAUUCACUCAAUGACAAGAGUCACUCAGUACUCCGGAACCUACUGGUGAGUGGACGUGACGAGUCUGCCGGCUACUCUGUGUCUGCCCCGGCAAGCCCUGCUGGUACUCCUUCAGCAAGCUGCGCCACGUCCCCAGGCCCACACCCCCUGCGGGAGGAGGCCAAGGGGGUAAAGAACCCUAAUGAAAUUAACAGUGCAUUACUGAAGGAGGCUCAUGGAGGGGGUCUCCCUACAGCAUUUCGUCUUCCCAAAGAUAGAAUGACUACAAUGCUAUCAACCACAGCUGGGGGGAAAUCAAGCACCCAUCUGCUAUAUCCUACACUUAGAUUAGUGACAGGAAGUCCUGGAAGUUUGAAGCAAGCAUUCAAACUUACUUCAAAUUCAAGCAGUCAUCCUGAAGGAUGUGGCAGCAGGUUGGGCCAGCGCCAGGACCCUUACUUGUUGAUGAACUCAGACACCAUCCCCACCCUGCUGGAGCUCACUCAACGGGACUUUGAUGUCAAUGCACCAGCCAACAACAGCCUUCAGGGAGCAGAACUCCUCAUGGCUCUGGACCAAAGCAGUGAAGCACCAUUGUUUGAUGGAAAGUAAUAAUUACAGACCAUUAACGUCAACAAAAUGUGUAUGGAUGAAGUGAAAUCAAAAUAUUUUUUUAUCUCGUGUGCUCUUCAUCCACACCACUGCCACUGUCAGUCUCAGUGUCAGAGAACAAGCAAAUACUCUUGUGGUUUACUUUUUCUCAUAAUUAUGUUUUGCAAGAUGAUGCUCUUCCUUUUAUCAUCAUCACUGAUUACCCUUCAGCCUUUAAGUCUUCUUGGGGUUUUAUAUUCACAUUAAACUCUAUUUUAUUACUAACACAGUUCAAAAAUUCUGAACAUACAGAAUGGUGUCAUCAAUGAAGAACUGAAAUGAGGGCUAUAUUUUUUAACAAGUCUCCAGUAUUGUUUUCAUGGAUUCCAGGUCAUUUUAGAUUUUUAACUAGUUUAUGUAUAUAUAAAUCUAAAACUAGGUAUGAGUGUUGAUGUAAUGGAAAGGACUGUGUUCAUCAUUAUCCUUCUGAACUUCUUCAGCACAAACUCUAAAACAAAUCACUCAAGAAGAGGGAUUACAAAUAUUUCAGACACUGAAGUGUAAACUGUAAGCUCUGUGAAUGUAUAGAAAAGUUUGAAAUCUAAAAAUUAUUUUCAUUAGUCAUUACUUUUUGCCAUUUGCGGUACACAUUGGGAUUUUGUUUCACCCUGCAUUGUAGAAGAGUAGAUCAGGAUUGCUUCAGGCAGAUUCAGUCAACAAAUGUUUAUGAAGAAAAAGAUAAUCAAUUUACCAGCAUAUUCUGCAUAGUACUACCUCAUUUAGCAAGGAACACAGAGAGGGCAAAAGUGGGAAAUAACCUUUCAGAAUUAUUGUGAUUCUCUCUCUCUCUCUCUCUCUCUCUCUCUCUCUCUCUCUCUCUCUCUCUCUCUCUCUCUCUCUCUCUCUCUCUCUCUCUCUCUCUCUCUCUCUCUCUCUCUCUCUCUCUCUCCACUUUGAAAGUUUCCCACACUACCUUAGGUAACUUAGAAACUGACAGCAAUUGCUGGUGAUAUACAUGUGCCAUAGAAUAUGUAGAAAGAGAACACAUGUGAAUGAAACACAUGGAUUUGCAAAGAUAUGUCUAAGUUAGUAAUUGUCCUAUUGCAUUGCCCUGAUAUGUGUAGCAAUUCAAAUUUAUGUCAUGAUAAGAUGAGAGUAUUAUUGUAAGAGCAAGGAUUGUGCAUAAUUAUGAUGGUAGAUAAUUUUCUGUGCAGCUGCCUGAUAGCUAGACCAAACUAAUCUUUACAUAACUGAUACAAUGACUGAUCAAGCACUGCCACAUACUUUAAGGAAUUAACCUCUAUUAAUUAAUGUAGAAUAAUAGUGUUGCAAGAUUUAAUUUUCUGCUUAAUUUUUCAUUUAAACCUUAAAAAAAUGUGUUGUAACAAUACUCCGAUGUAGACCUCACAAGUCUGUUCAUGAUGCUGAGAACAUAUUUCUACCUAACAAGAUGCUCUUAGAUAGUAAAAUUGAAUAUUGAUUUCACAAUUCAAUUAGUGCUGUCAUAGGAGAGUGUGAUUGCUAAGUAAGAUAUGCUGGUGCAUUGAUUUUUAUAGAAAUGUGUUCAUGAGAGAUUAUGUGUAUUGGCUUGAGGCUAGAGAGGUAUUCACUUGAAAGAUUAGUCUUGAAUAUAACCUGGAAGUAUACAAGCAGGAAAACACACUCAAAAUUUUCUUCUUGCACUGUAGGAAAGAUUGAGAAAAAUCAGAGGGUAGUAAUUAGAUGCCGUCACUUUUGUGAUGGAAAAUGGUCUUGAUCUCGUGUCAUGUUCAUUAGGGAACAGAUUUAGAACUAUAGGAACUUUAGAAGAAAUUGUGAAUGUUCAGGUUGUUAUUUCAUAAAGGAUAUUAUUUUCUGCUGUAUCAGUUAGAAAAAUAUAUUUUUGUGUGCAGACUAUUGGCCCAUAGCACAAUGGGCACCUUCACAUACAACCUUUAAAAACAUUGAAAUCUCAUCUAUUCAUGAACUAUAUGGCCAGGGCCAUAACUAAGUCUUCUAACUCUCAAUUCAAGGUCCAAAA